AUGCAGCGCCGCGUCCUCUCGGGUGCCGGACACGCGAUUGCCCGAUACGACGCUAGUUCAACGUGCGGUGCGUAUCUCAUUGGCUCCCGACUCAAGCAGGACGCCCCCGCGUCGCAACCAGGCUUAAUGCGAACCCCUGCAACAGAACCCGCCCCCGUCGGGGACGACACUCUCCCCGACCUCUCGCAGCUCGCCAUCUCGCCGUCUGUGAGCUCGUCGGUCCUAUUCGGGGAUGAAGAUAACGACUUCCUCCCCGUCUCGCCUCGCCCUCCGCUAUCGCCCCUCCCCGACACCCUUCUGCCGCACCCGGUGUUCACACAGGGGCUCCGCCCUGGUGGCGAAUUGACCCCCGCCCGUGGGGUGACGGUGAACAUUACGGUUCACGCCGCCCAUGCGAGCGUCGCAGUGAAUACGGCGACGCGCACCGGCGAGGUGCGCACCCCGCGAUACCGUCGUCGUACCGCCGUCGCUCGGACGCCCACUGGCACGUCAACAACCUCGGGUUCGGGUGUGCAUGCUCAACCCACCCCGCCCGUCACGACUACGAAGACUCAAGAGUAUACUCUGCGCGGCGGUGGCAAAGUCAUCGCGUGGAAUCCAGCUCUCGAGCAUAUCGAGCCAUGCGACGCGCGUCAUAGUCGCAGGUGGUACAUCGUCACGGCGGGGCUGCGCGUCGGGAUUUGGAAGUCCUGGCUGGCUAUGGAGGAUUAUAUAGACGUCCCGGGAAAGUGUUACCAGUCUUAUGAGCACCGCGACGAGGCCGAGAAGGACUACUACGAAGCCAAGCGAGACGGUCGUGUUCGCCUGCUCAUUAAGUAG